AUGUCAGGUGCAAUCAUGGAGAACAUGAGCACUAAGAAAUUGCUGCUCUUGGGUUUUUUUAUUCUUGUUUUCCAAGUUAUUUCCAUCAUGGUUGGAGCACUAAUCGCUCCCAGUCCCACCAGUGCCAUUGGCUACUUUGCUACCAAAUGCAUUAAUCGCCACAGGGCACGCGGCUGGCUGGUGCCGUGGGGAUCGAACCGGUGCCAGCAGAUCCACAGUUUUGACGAGCCUCUGGCAAAAACGCUGGAUGCCAACGACAUUGUUUUCGCCGUGCACGUACCUCUUCCCAACACGGAGAUGAGUCCCUGGUUUCAGUACAUGCUGGCUGUUCUACAGUUUGAAAUCGCUUUCAAGAUGAUCAAUCAGAUUGAGGAUGAUGUUCUCAUCACUAUUGACGCUGGCCUGGCAUACAGGGAUGAUUUGACAUCUGAGUGGACCACAAAGUUUCACUCGGUGGAGCAAAGGCCGCUCAGGUGCAUAUUUGCAGUCCCUAAGACGUAUGAAAACGAAGGUCGCUUUUAUCACUGUGACCCCAUCCCAUUCAUGGAACUGGGAAGUGUGGCCCACAAGUAUUUUUUGAUUAACCUCCGCCUGCCAGUGAAUGACACAGUGAACGUUGGUAUUGGAGAAAUCAAAGACAUCCAUAUAGUGGGCAUCCACCAGAAUGGAGGCUUCACUAAAGUCUGGAUAAGCAUGAAGACCGUGUUCAGUCCCUGGAUAUUUGGGACAACAGUUUGGUACUGGCACAGGAUCAGCCUCAUGGCAAGACCUCCAGUCCUUUUGGAAAAGGUGAUUUUUGCUCUGGGCAUCUCCAUGACGAUCCUGAACGUGCCUGUGGAGUGGCUCUCCCUGGGCUUUGAGUGGACGUGGAUACUGCUGUUGGAAGAUGCUCAACAGGGCGUCUUCUACUCCACACUCUUCUGUUUCUGGAUCAUCUUCUGUGGCGAACACCUCAUGGACCAAAGUCAGAGGAAUCGUCUCUCAGCAUACUGGUGGCAGGUUGGGCUGGUGAUGUUUGGCUCAUCUCUUCUCCUCGUAUUUGACCUGAGUGACAGGGGGGUUCAUUUGACCAACCCUUUCUACAGUGUCUGGGCAUCAGAGAUUGGGAUGAAGCUGGCGUUUACCUUUAUUAUCGUGGCAGGGGUCUCUGUUUGUCUGUACUUCCUCUCCCUGUGUGGCAUGGUGCGUUGUGUUUUCAGUAACAUUGGCGGGAAAAUACAGCAACUUCCUGCAAUGCCAAAGGCUAAGAGAAUGCGUUAUAAGGGUAUAAUCUUUAGGUUCAAGAUUUUAAUGCUGGUAACUCUAGUGUGUGCCGCCAUGACGGUCAUCUUCUUCAUCUUAAAUCAAUUAAGUGAAAGUCACUGGCACUGGGGAGACUACACCUUCCAAGUCCACAGUGCUUUUCUCACAGGGAUCUAUGGCAUGUGGAACCUGUAUGUGUUCACCAUCAUCUUCCUCUAUGCGCCCUCCCACAAGCAGGGCAGAAGAAAGUCAGGAGAUGUGCUGGAGAAGCCAGAAAGCCAAGAGACCCAGCUGACAUGUGGAGAGCAGGGACCGACAGAGACCUACAGGACCACUGGGAAGGUGGCUGAGGAAUAA